CCCCUAUAAUUGAUAAAACCUACAAAUCCCUACGUCACCACCAACGGAUAUCUCUCUUUAAAUUCCAAUCGUCCACCAGCAGAAAAGAAAAUACAGCCCCAAACCGUAUUAACAAUAUUUCCAGUACCGGAUCAGCUAGAGAAAUAAUUAUGGCCGAAGAAUGCACAGACAGCUCGGUUGGUACCUCCUCCUCUACGCCACCCAACUGGUGGCCGGAUCUCCAUGGGAACUCUCUUUCUUCAUGGAAUAAUUUAUGGCACAAUCAAAACCCUAACUCCAACUCAUCCUGUGAGGAGGAUGUUUCCAUCUCUACUUCAUUUACUAACGCCUCCAAUCACUCAGGCUUGACUGUUGAAUCAUCUCGCCGGCUUGUUGAGACUUCUUCAUCCAACGAGUUGAUUGUAGAACAUGCCUCUGAAAAUAAUCUUUGGAGCCAUGUUCUUUUAAGUGUUGGAACCAAUGGAGAAUUGCAAAACAAUCAAGACACGGAAGGGAACUUUGACGAUGCAUUGUCAUCCAAAAGCUUGUCAACUGGGAUAUUUGAACCUGCCUGCGACUACUUGAGGAAAUUGGACAACAGCUGGGGAUUCACAGAUCAUUCUACGUCUUUCAACAAUUUCGACAAGCAUAUAAAUGGUUUCAGCGACUCCGUACUUUGUAAUGAAAGGUUGACGAAGUUGUCUGAUCUAGUCAGCACUUGGUCUAUUGCCCCUCCAGACCCAGAUCAUGUCAAACGCCGAUUUGACCCCCAAGCUUGCAAUAUAUCGUUGAGUCCUUCAAUGGAUUGCUACUCACAUCUUGAUCAGCCGUGUGAUGAUCAUAUGAAGCAAACAUUCGUUGAUUCUACAUCAAGUUGCUUGAGAGCAAGUACUAUAAAUUCCGGUUUAUUUCCAAGUACUUAUGGUCAUGAUCUGAAACUUGAGAAUGAAUGUCAUGAGAGUGAAACCCCGCUAACUUUAUUACGUAGGUCAUUCAACAGUAAUGAGGUUGGAUAUCAAAUAGGCCUCGAAAACUCGUUUUUGGUGGAUAAAAGCAGAUAUUACAAUGGGAUGCCAGUUAAUUCUUCCUCAGGCACCCGUAUAAGAAGCUUUGCAGACGUCAUCUCCUUUAGUAAUCGCGUAAGCAAGCAAGGGCUCCAAACUUCUUCCCUGCAGUUGACAGACUCGACCUGCGCCAUGAAGAGAGUUAAUACUGGAAAAGGACAGACAACAAUUGAUGGAAAAAGGAAAAAGUCUGAAGAUGGUUCAGGGUCCGGCCUGAAGAAACCAAAGCAUGAGUGUGCUACAGCUUCAUCAGUAAAGACCCCAAAAGUCAAGCUUACUGAGAGAAUCACGACCCUUCAGCAAAUUGUGUCACCUUUCGGAAAGACAGAUACAGCAUCCGUUCUCUUUGAAGCAAUUCAAUACAUAAAGUUCCUGCAAGAGCAAGUACAGCUAUUGAGUAACCCUUACUUGAAGACGAGUUUGCACGUGAAGGAUCCAUGGGGAGGUUUUGAUAGGAAAGAAAAGGGACACACGAAGCCUGAUCUCAGGAGCAGAGGUCUUUGUUUAGUUCCAAUCUCAUGCACACCUCAAAUUUACCGGGAGAACACAGGAUCAGACUACUGGAGUACCCCAACAUAUAGAGGGUGCUUGUAUGGGUGAAAUAAGUUCAUGGUUUUGUUGUCGCUUCCUUAUAGUCCAACGUACCUUUGUUACA